AGAUAAAACAAGUGAUUAGUUAGAAUAAAAAAAUACCGAAAAGUCACCGAAAUAGCAAGGGACACGUGUCCAUUUUCUUGAUCUGCAAAACAUGAAAUUCCACAAAAACCAUGUCCCCCAUUCUCUCUCUCUCUCUGCCUCUCCGGGUAUACUCUGCCAGUACGACACACACACCCUCUGAAACCUCUCUUUGUUCCUUUCUUGCUGCCGCCAUUAGGUUUCACCUUUCACCUUUCUCCUCCAUACAAACACCACAACAGUUUCAUGACCAAGACAUGAAGAACAACAUAUGAAAAACAUGAAGAACAAGAUGAUAAACUUUCUGCUUGAAUCUUUUACUGGGUGCCAUCAAAAUUUGUCAUUUUUUACUCACAAGCAAAAGACAAACCACCCCAUUUUAGAGUGAAGUUUAAGGAACUGAAUCCUCCAACUAUAUAUGUCACUGAUUGUGGUUCAUGAAGGACAGGGAGUUAGUAAGGAAGAGUGUUGUGUAGUGAGGCACUGAGGCUAAGAGUAAGAGGGUUCCUCUGUUGCUCUGUUUGAUCCUCCAAAGUGGUGAGAAAAUGAGUUUCAGUGCAGCCAAGGAUGAUUCAGGUUCUGACAUUAACAUCCCUAGAGAUAUUGAUUGGCACAUGCUUGAUAAGACUAGAUUUUUCUUCAUGGGUGCUGCUUUGUUCUCUGGUGUUUCAACUGCUCUUUAUCCCAUGGUGGUGUUGAAGACUCGCCAACAGGUUUCUUCUGCACAAUACUCUUGCAUCAACAUGUCCUCUGCCAUUAUGCGCUAUGAAGGCAUAAGAGGGUUUUACAAAGGUUUUGGGACUUCUUUGAUGGGAACCAUCCCUGCUAGAGCACUUUACAUGGGUUCCCUUGAAGUCACCAAGACCAAUGUUAGCAAUGCUUUGGUGGAAUUGGGGUUUUCAGACACCACUUCCACUGCAGUAGCUAGUGCUGCAGCUGGAGUAGCUUCUGCUAUGGCUGCACAACUAGUUUGGACCCCAAUUGAUGUUGUGAGCCAGAGGCUAAUGGUUCAAGGAACCGGUGGAAGCAAAACUAUGCUGGCAAAUCUCAACUCUGAGAGUUACAGGAAUGGAUUUGAUGCUUUCAGGAAAAUCCUUUGUGCUGAUGGACCUAAAGGGUUCUACAGAGGAUUUGGGAUUUCAUUGCUGACUUAUGCUCCCUCUAAUGCUGUUUGGUGGACUUCUUACUCCAUGGUUCAUAGGUUCAUUUGGGGUUCUUUUGGUCCCUACAUGGGGCAAAGGGAUAAUGUGUGUGGUUUUAGGCCUGAUUCCAAGGCAAUUGUUGCUGUUCAAGGUUUGAGUGCUGUUGUGGCAAGUGGGGUAUCUGCAAUUGUGACCAUGCCACUGGACACAAUCAAGACCAGGUUGCAGGUGCUGGAUACAGAGGAGAAUGGACGAAGGAGGCCUUUAACUUCUGUGCAGACUGUGAGGAAUUUGGUGAAGGAAGGUGGCUUGCUUGCUUGUUACAGAGGUCUGGGACCAAGGUGGGCUUCAAUGUCAAUGUCUGCAACAACCAUGAUCACUACUUAUGAGUUUGUGAAGAGGAUGUCUACAAAGAGUGAAAGCUAAAUUGACUGCAUAAUACUUCAAGCAGUGAAAGAUUACUAGAUAGGAAUUAGGAACUUUUUUUUAUUUGUUUAUUUUCUUGUAAUUUUUCUUUCUAGAUUUUAGGUUGUAAUGCCUUUCCUCAUCCAUCACAUCCAUCAUCACUUGUAUAUACAACUCUUUUUAUUAUCCUCCUCUAAUCAAUACCUAUAAUUCUUACUUA